AUGUUAAUUAUAUACAAACUGAAAAAAUAUUCAAAAUUAGUCAAUAUUACUUAUUCCUUAUAUUAAAGAAACUUCCUAAUUAGCGAAUUAAAAUUAUAUUAACCUGAUAUUUAUACUUUUAUUUCCCAAAAUAAUCUUCCUUAAUAUUAGGUUUAAAUAUCCAACAUGACAAUUAUAGACCCCAUAUUUAUUAAUUCAACAUUAUUCAAAUUCUAAACUAAUAAUUAAUUAUCUUCAAUAUUAAUCUAGCUUAAUAAAUAUUAGGAUUAUUGA